AUGCACGUGCACCUUUUUUACCCCGAGCAUCGGUUCUCUGAUGUCACUAUCCUGCACAACACACAGCCAGAGUCGCCGACGUUGCCAGAGUUUCUCCCAAGUCCGAGUCGGCCUUCAACCGCAAACCGCGUGCUUCCUACGAUAUCGGUCUCUGCUAUCGUUGCGCUGGAAACGGAGCCAGACGUUCCUUCGAGACCACAGACAGCCCACCGAAAGAUCCCCAUCCCAAUGAUCACCUCUUCGUCUGGAGCACAGACCGAAGAUGCCCAAGCACAGCGUCCAGUUAGCAAAGACGGACGCGUGCCAUUAGGCCAGAUCUCAUCGAACGUUCAAAGGGAUCGUAGCGUUGAGGAUGGCUACCCCUUCCCCAAGCAUUCCAAGGGUGUAACUUCCGAUGAAGGAACACAGACAAUGGUAUCUGCGGAGCAAAUCGAUAGGCUCCUCCUCGCCCGAAGCCAGCGACACUCUGGUACCAUUGCAGGGGCUGGUGUAGAGAAAAAUAUGUCUCCUCCUGCAUCGCCUGGAAGGCGCAACUCUAAUGAAGUUGGUCGCGCUCCCCGACGUCCGGGCAGUUCUUCUAGCAUGCGCUCGCGUACUGGUACUCCCCCACCUCUUCCACCAGAUCAUAAGGAAGUCAUUGCCGCAGCUGCUCUGAAAUCGCCACCACCACUGUUAACACCCACUACCCCAAGUGCACCGGGCGCUAUGGGUCCGCCAGUAAUGCCAGCCUCGGCUUACAGGAACCGGCCCUCGACUCCGUCAAUCAGGACGAAAGCCAUUGCUGCGAGUCCCAGAGCCGGUGGUACUACACCUCGUCCCAGACACCCUUCGCAAACCCGGAGCGGCGCUACGUCGCCAGUCACGCGUCGAUCUUCGAUGUCCUCGUUCAGCUCUGAGAUUGAUCACCGAUUCAAUAUUCCCGCCAACAUGACCUUUAGCCAGACCGGUUUAGACCCCAGCAUGACAGACCCACGCAUGAUCCAGGCCAUUACGCAGACCAUGUGUGGCGAGUUCCUCUGGAAGUACACGCGAAAGACAGGGCGCGAAACCAUGUCCGAGACUCGUCAUCGCCGCUUCUUCUGGGUGCAUCCGUACACGCGUACCCUGUACUGGAGCGAACAUGACCCGCAAACUGCUGGAAGAGCGCAGCUCAAAGCAAAGAGUGUGGCUAUUCGGGAGGUACAUGAAGUUUCUGACGAUAAUCCUCUACCUCCAGGCCUUCAUAUCAAGAGUCUGGUAGUCGUCUCACCCGGUCGGACUAUCAAGUUCACUGCCACUACCAGCCAGCGCCACGAGACAUGGUUCAACGCCCUUCUCUACCUGCUCAAGCGAACCGACGAUGGUGACGAAGGUCAACCUUCGGAACCUAACGAGAUACAGAGCGAGUUCAAUGGAGGAUAUAGGAGUUCCUCCCGUCAAACUGGUCGCUCGCGGGCUUCUUAUGCUACCUACGACACUCGACGCACUUCCUCUCCCUACCAUGCUGAGGUAAACAUCAUCUUGGAUCACUCCACACUCACACCGUCAAAGGCCGCCAUGGCAGCUUCCAUUCCAGACCCUCGUUUAUCAGUUCCGUGA